CGUGGCUCCGCGUCGCCCCCACUCGAAUCGGCACCAAACUGAAAACACACGGCAGGCAGGCAAGGCUUUACGUUCGGCAAAGCGAGUUUGUUUGUUUGGUCGGCAUCGGGCGCCGAAAUGCAGUAGGCGACAUGUCGAGCUUCAAGUGGACGCGGGUGUUGAACCCGACGGGGCCGACCCCCAAGCCCCGCCACGGCCACCGCGCCGUGGCCAUCAAGGACCUGAUGGUCGUCUUUGGUGGCGGCAACGAAGGCAUCGUAGACGAGCUGCACGUCUUCAACACCGCCAAUAACCAGUGGUUCAUCCCUGCGGUGAAGGGCGAGGUGCCGCCAGGGUGCGCGGCGUACGGCUUUGUUGUGGACGGCACGCGCAUUUUGGUGUUCGGCGGAAUGGUCGAGUACGGCAAGUACUCCAACGACCUUUACGAGCUGCAGGCGAGCAGGUGGGAGUGGAAGAAGCUGAAGCCGCGCGCGCCCAAGAACGGGGUGCUGCCGUGCCCGCGGCUCGGCCACAGCUUCACCCUGAUCGGCAACAAGGUCUUCCUCUUUGGAGGACUGGCCAACGACAGUGACGACCCCAAGAAUAACAUUCCCAGGUACCUGAACGACCUGUUCACGCUGGAGCUGCGGAGCAAUUCUGCGGUGGCGUGGGAGGCGCCGACCACCUUCGGGCAGUCGCCGCCACCGCGCGAGUCGCACACGGGCGUCGCCUACUCGGACCUCAAGUCCGGCAAGUCCAGCCUUGUCGUCUAUGGCGGCAUGAGCGGCUGCCGCCUCGGAGACCUCUGGUUCCUUGACGUCGACACAAUGACCUGGAGCAAGCCGGAGGUCUCUGGGAUUCCUCCAUUGCCGAGGUCACUGCACAGCGCCACCCUGAUCGGAAAACGCAUGCUUGUGUUCGGGGGUUGGGUGCCCCUGGUCAUGGACGACCCCAAACUGCCCGCCACCCACGAGAAGGAGUGGAAGUGCACUAACACCCUGGCCAGCCUCGAUUUGGAGAAGAUGGCGUGGGAGCAGCUGAACAUGGACGUGUUUGAGGAGAACGCGCCCCGAGCCAGGGCAGGUCACUGCGCUGUCGGCAUCCACUCGCGCCUCUACGCCUGGUCCGGCCGCGAUGGCUACAGAAAGAUUUGCUGCAAAGACCUUUGGUACCUGGAGGUGGAGAAGCCGCCGGCGCCAGGGCGGGUGCAGCUGGUACGCGCGUCGACGACCUCGCUAGAGGUGUGCUGGUCGCCCGCCCCCUCCACCGACUUCUACCGCCUCCAGGCCCAGAAGUACGACAUGCCCCAGGAGAAACCAACCCCCGAAAAACCACCCCCACCUGCCGCCACGCCCACCACCCCUGAUCUAAAAGAAGUUUCAGAAUCUCCGACGACGGCCGCACAGAACAUGUCAGGCAUCCAAGCAUUGGCCGCAGCGGCUGCAGCCACCCAGAAAAUCCCAGGCGUCCUCCGCCUUGUCCCCUCCAACGCCACUCCCCCAAAAACUCUAGUGGCAGUCGGUGGUGCUGCUGAAGCCGCAGCAACGAAGGCGAGUCCACAGACGAUCAAAAUUGUGCCCCCGGCCGGAGGGACUGUUCUGAAGGCGGCCACCAACCAGGCGGGCAAACCUGUCAUAAUAAGCAAACCGCAGGGAGGAGGCCCUGGCCAAAUCGUCACCCUGGUCAAGACUAGCCAGGGCAUGACUGUUGCUCAGCUGCCGAAGAUGAGUCUAAUCCAGAGCAAGGGCGGCGGAGCGGGGGGAGUGGCGCAGGGGAAGGGGAUCCCGCAAGGCGCCACCAUCGUCAAGUUGGUGAACGCGGCGGGAGGGCUGGGGGGCAAGCAGACGAUCAUGAUUGCCAAGCCGGGAGGGGGGCCGGGGGCGGCCAACCUGACGACGGCCAGCGGCCAGCGUCUCAUCAUGGUCACGUCAGGCACCACCCUGCGGACGGUGCAGGGCGCCGGCACCACCACCACCGCCCCCUCCGCCCCCGGCCAGAUGAAGAUGAUCAUGCUGCAGCGGCCGGCGCAGGCGGCCACCACGCUGGCCGCCGCCACCUCCGUCACCACGGCCAACGCCAAGCCCGUCGCCGCCACCCUCAAAACGUCCGACUCGGGCGUCGUCACCACCCAGGGCUUCAUAGGGGGCAAGCAGGUGACCCUGCAGAUCAACAAGUCGGGUGGCUCGACUCUUCCCAAGACUUUGACCCUGGUGCCCAGUGCCGACGGCAAGCAGGUUGUGACCUCUGCCCUCAAGGUGGUGCCGACGACGGCGGCCGCCUCCACGGCCAAACAACCACCCCCGUCCAUCACUCACACAAACCCGAUCGACGGGCCGGUGACAACGGACGCGGCUUUGGCCGCACUGGCGGCCGAGGCGGGGUUGCUGGACCCCGUCGAAGAAAAGGCCGCCUCCGCCGCCUCCAAGGAGGUUGACAAGGAUGAGGGUGAAAAAGAGGAGGCGGAGGAAAAGAGAGAAGAGGUCAAGGUCAAGGAGGAGGUCAAGGAUGCCGAAGAGGCUUUGGCCACGCUGGCCUCGGCGGCCGUCAGCUCAGCCAAUGGCGUGGUCAAGGCGGAACCAGAGGAAGCUGCCGGAAAGGGGGAGGAGGUGCCCCCGGAGGCGGGGCCACCCUUGGAGGGCCGGAAGGAGGCGGCUUGGUUCGAUGUGUGCGUGACCAAGGGCACGUCGACCUUGGUGCAGCAGUACGGCCUGCCAGAGGUCGAACCCAAGCUGGACGAGCAGACCGGCGAGGUGCCCAACUUGACCCUCGGCCCCACCAAGUUCGACCUUCAGCCAGGCACCGCCUACAAGUUCAGGGUCGCCGCCGUCAACUCGUGCGGACAGGGCGCCUGGAGCGAGGUGUCUGCAUUCAAGACGUGUCUGCCAGGGUUCCCGGGGGCGCCGUCGGCCAUCAAGAUCUCCAAGUCGGGCGAGGGCGCGCACCUCUCGUGGGAACCGCCGCAGGCCAGUUCGGGCGGCGAAAUCGGCGAGUACUCGGUGUACCUGGCCGUCAGGAGUGCCAACCAGAAGCAGGAGCAGGUUCAAAAUUGGGGUGGAGAAGGCGCAGCUGGCGUUUGUGCGGGUUUACUGCGGCGCGAGCAACCAGUGCACGGUGCCCAACUCGUCGCUGGCGGCCGCUCACAUCGACACCACCACCAAGCCGGCCAUCAUCUUCCGCAUCGCCGCCAAGAACCAAAAGGGCUACGGCCCUGCCACCCAAGUCAGGUGGAUCCAGGAGGUGAGUGUGGCGGCGGCGGCGAAAGGUCAGGCAGGGGUCAAGAGGCAGGCGGAGGCCAAGGCAGUGUACGCGGCGGGCGCCAAGAAGCCCAAGAGCGAAGAGCCCCUCUGAGGCCCCCAGUGCCCCAAUCCCCUCCACAAACUGUCUGUUCUUCGCAAUUCAUCUUAAAAUUUCUGUACAAAUCGACCAACAGCUGAAAAAUAUAAAAACGAACUAUAUUUAUCUCUAGCUUUUAACAAACACAACAUUUAGUGCAAAUUGAAAAACGCUUCUAUUGACCCAAAUUUUGAUCGAAUGGACCUGUCGAGGUGUCGCGGAAUUCAUUUUGGUUUUUCCGUUACUUUUCGUGUAGCUGCUGAAGUGAAGUUUUUACUCCCAGGUCGCAACUUUUCAUCAAUAAAGUUAAUCUUUAUUUUCAGCACUCAAAA